UGUCGUCGAAGCGUCGCACUUACGGUUGCUUCAAUUAAAUGCUUAGAAAUAAGUGUAAAGUGUAUAGACAAUGUACGGCGCUUAUCUUUGUCUAAUUGUGUGCGUCACAUGGCCGAUUGUGCUUGCGGGCGAUCGUAUCAUACCCCUCAAGAGCUACUGCGAACAGAUAGACAGCUCGUGCAGCUGCGACCCACAGGCGAAUGUGGUGCGGGUGUAUUGUCAGGACGAGUACGCCAUGCUAAUUGAAGUUAUCGACACGGGAAUUAAUAUAGCCAUGAGCUAUUAUGCCACCAGGCCAGUGCAUUGGCUGCCAAAGUUUAGUCUGGGCCAGGUGGCCAAAUUUGAGUUCGACGCCUACAACUAUUGGCCAGAGACAUUUUUAAGUGAUUUGCUAAAUGCGCUGGGAGUGAAACAACUCAGCAGCGUAAAGUUUCGGGACCGCAGCAGUGAAGUGCCCAGUAGUUCAGAGGAGACGGAUAACUUUGAAGAGCUUCCACUGGGGAGUAAUACAACAAGUUGGGCUUUCAAUGCUGUGCCUGCUUUGCAGUACUUCCGCUUCGAGAGCACACAAGCUGACAUAGAUGAAAAUAUAUUUCAGCCUUUUGACAAUCUUACCACGCUGGAGCUGAAGCUAGCUGUGAGGGAAUUACCCAAGCAGCUGUUCGCCAAUGUCUCGCACAGUCUGCGGAACUUGUCGAUUGUGAAUCGUUACAUGUUGGAGUUGGAGCCGGAGCUUUUGCGCGACAUGCAAGAGCUGCGCAGCAUGAGCCUACAGCUGACUCAGCCCAGCAAGGAUAAGGGAUCCAAGCUAGUGCGGCGUCUCUUUCGCUCGAUGCAGCAGUUGGAGGAGCUGCGGCUAACACGCGCCACCAGGCAUAUGGAUCCUAAAAUGCUGCGUGGCAGCUACAAAUUGCGCCUCAUCAAAAUCAAUAGCAAUCCGGAUCUGACAGAGCUGCCUAGCGAACUGUUUGUGGAUCAAAGCAAGCUCAGCACUCUUGACUUAUCCAACAAUGCCUUGUCCAAGCUGCAUUCAAAGUUGUUCCAUGGCCUCAAUCAGCUACAAUUGCUGGAUCUAUCUAGCAACAGACUUGCCAGCUUAUCAAGUGAACUAUUUACAUCGCUGACUUCGCUCUCUACCUUGCUGGUCAAUAAGAAUGCGUUGACUUCCCUGGAUCCUUCUGCUUUCAGCGCGGUGCACAGCCUCAAGUACAUCGAUAUGCGCUACACACAGUUCUAUGGUAUCAAGCUCAAUAUGCCAUACGAGGCGUUGGUCUGCACCAACGAUGACAGCUGUCAGUACAAGUACAACUCGAGCGAGUGGGAGUGUGAUCCACAGUGCAUUUGUUGGGUGGAACGCAGUAGCAAAAGUCUGUUCAUAGAUUGUCGUGGAUCGCGCUUGACAGCGCUGCCGCCAUUGCCAAGGACUACGCUGGUGGAGAUCGUGCUUAAGUUUAGCAACAACAGUUUGAAGCAGUUGCCAAAUGCCACUGAUUUUGUUGGCUUGGCCAAUGUUAGCGUACUAAAUGUGGCAGAGAAUCAGCUGGCGGGCGUGGAUGCCAGCUUAUUGCCUGACAAGCUGAGCAUGCUCGAUGUGCGCAGCAAUAAGAUAACUGUAUUUAAUCAGGCCUUUAUAGAUUACAUGCAGCAGGAGAAUAAUACGAUGAGUAUGAAGUUGGCUGGCAAUCCGUUGAGUUGCAACUGCGAAGCGCUGCCGCUAUUGAGCUUUGUUCGCGCACAGCCGCAGAGAGUGCCGGACAUGGGCGAGAUCUACUGCAACAGUUACCCGGACAGACCUUUUCAGCAGCUGGAGGUGUUUGACCUGUGUCCCUCGUAUGCCAUUUUGAUUGGCUGCAUUGUGGGCGGCCUGGUCAUAUUUGUUUGUCUGCUGAGCGUGGUGUAUCUUAUUUAUCAGCAGGAGCUGAGGAUCUGGCUGUAUAAUCACAAUCUCUGCCUAUGGUGGGUGUCCGAGGAGGAGCUGGACAAGGACAAAACCUAUGACGCCUUUAUAUCCUAUUCGCACAAGGAUGAGCCGCUGGUGGCCGAGUUGUUGCCGCAGCUGGAGCAUGGCUUGCACGCAUUUCGCGUCUGUUUGCAUGGACGUGACUGGCUUGUGGGUGACUGCAUUCCUGAGCAGAUUGUGCGCACUGUCAACGAAUCCAAGCGCGUGAUCAUUGUGCUCUCACAGCACUUUAUAGACUCAGUAUGGGCGCGCAUGGAGUUCCGCAUCGCCUAUCAGGCAACGUUGCAGGAUAAGCGCAAGCGCAUCAUUAUUAUACUUUAUAAGGAGCUGCAGCAUUUUCAUGGCAUUGACAGCGAGCUGCGCGCCUAUCUGAAGCUCAACACCUACCUCAAGUGGGGUGAUCCAUUGUUCUGGAGCAAGCUGCUCUAUGCCAUGCCACACAAUCGCCGCGUACUCAAAGGACAAAAGAAACAUGCAGGUCCCUUAAUAUAAGCAUUCCAUGCUAUUCAUAAGCUGAAUUUAGAUACUCAAAAUAAAACUAUUUA